UAAAGUUUGGUGAGGUAAAGUUCCGUGUAUUUCAGGCUCAGUGAUAAACCAUAGCCAUAAGGUAUUAUCAGAUCUAAAUGUUCCAAUCACAAAAGUACCCCGCACUGUACAUGCGGAUGGGAAGGAUAUCUCCGCCCAGGCGCUGAUCCCAUUGGCGGAUCCCGCUGUCAAAUCCGGAGGGUCCUGCUCGGAAGGCUCCACUGAUUGGCUACAGGGGUCUCUGUGUGUGUGCAGGCAGCGCAGUCUGUUUGAAUGUGCUGGUGACUGAAGAGGAUCAUUUCCAUGGACCAUCUGUCUUACUGGCUGCGCACAAAACAAAGAAGGACCCAGGAUGGUUUUAGUGCAUGUCGGAUAUCUGGUUCUCCCCGUCUUCGGCUCAGUUAGAAACAGAGGAGCGCACUUCACCAGGCAUCAACACAGCCAUGCUACCUCCUGCCGACACUUUCACCUGGGUGCUCCCCAGGCGCCCAUCUCAGCUGAGUUUCCUCUAGGACAUGCCAGCCAGCCCCCGCAGACAGGCCUGGCCACCCACCUGCCCCAGACGCACCAUCCACCCCUCACUGCCCUGCCCGGACCCCCUCAGUUUCAGGAUGUGCCGGGGCCUUCAUUCCUACCUCAGGCCUUACACCAGCAAUACCUCAUCCAGCAGCAGCUCCUCGAAGCGCAGCAUCGCAGGAUCCUCCCACACUCCAGAAGAGCCCAGGAGCGUAUUCCCCUGAACCCUCACAGACUGCGUUCGGGCUACGAGUACUCCCCGCCCCUCCAUGUUCCUCAGCCAAUGACACAACAACCGCGGUACCUGGCCGAAGGCACCGACUGGGAUCUCAGCGUAGAUGCUGGCCUCCCUCACCAUCAGUACCAGCUCCAGCAGCUUCCGCAGCACUAUCAGCAUUACCUGGCCUCCCCUCGAAUGCAUCACUUUCCCAGGAACACAUCCUCUGCACAAGUGGUUGUGCAUGAAAUCAGAAACUACCCAUACCCUCAGCUUCACCUGUUGGCGCUGCAAAGUUUAAAUCCUUCGAGGCACGCCACUGCUGUGCGAGAAAGCUAUGAGGAGCUGCUGCAGCUGGAGGAUCGACUGGGGAGCGUUAGCAGAGGAGCUGUUCAGACAACCAUAGAGAGAUUUACUUUUCCACACAAAUACAAGAAGAGAAAGCCCCUGCAGUUGAAGAUUGGGGAGGAGGAGGAAACAGAUGUGGAUGAAAAAUGUACCAUAUGUUUGUCCAUGCUGGAGGACGGAGAAGAUGUCAGGAGGCUGCCCUGCAUGCACCUCUUCCACCAGGGCUGCGUGGACCAAUGGCUGGCCACCAGCAGAAAGUGUCCAAUCUGUCGAGUUGACAUCGAAACACAGCUGAACCCCGACAGCUGAUGAGAUUCGACACUCUCGUGAUUCAGUCGCCCUCGUGGUGCGAUUCCUGCUUUCUUCCACCCCCGGCUCGCCAGCCUCCCCCACCUUACCCCACCCCACCUCCCUCCACCUCCUCCUUCCUGUCGGGUGCUUUGCCAAAUGUCUCCAGACUUCAUGUGACAUCACCACCCUUCUGAGUCACGCUUUACUGAGCCAAGCCAGGAAAACUAACUGCACGGAGAGGCCGCAAAGGACUCUCUUUAUAUAGAAGCACAUCCCUCUGGAAGCAAAAGACACACUAACAAACACAUACUCAUGUACACAGGGUUUACUUGUAGCUUGCUGGUCUUACGUGGGGUUGUUGUUGCUGUUGUGGUGUUGUACUGUAGGUAGCCUGGGGCUGUGUAGCAUGUCCUCAAAGCCAUGACUUAAUGUCCUCAGACUAGAAAACACAUAACCCCACACUUAGCUGGCUACUUUUCUCUCUUCUCUUCAAUCUCUCUCUCUG